CCUCAGUCUGGCCGCGGACACGAAUCGUAACGGAAACGGAUUUUGCCCGGAAAUGGACUCGCAGUUCUGAGAAAGGACACGGUGGCGGUGGUGGAAAAUACCAUCUUUUUCACGCAAUUACAAGGUGCCAUCAAUCGAGUUGAAUAUGAGGACAUGUGCCACGUGACGUAAAUGCGUUGUAAAAAGAAGAGCAAGGACCAAUAAAAACAAGAAGAAAAAGAAGCAAACACCACAUUCAUUCAGAGAGUGUCGUCGUCGGCGUAGUAAUUCAGAGGAUCAGGGAAAAAGGAAAGUGAUACGACCAUGGAGUUGGGCAAUCAAAAGGUUCGUCACCUCCGCGUGUGCCUGCUGUUCCUGGUGGCCAAGAUAUCCUGCGUGCAGCUGUCCAUCGGGGCGACCCUCAGCCUCCUUCGGCAGCCCCACGUGGCGACAUGUGAUUGCCAGCAAAUUGGAGAUGACCACAGGAAUGCCACUGGCAGUGGCGGUAGUAACGGCUGGCCAGGGAUAGAUGGUGGUCCCGGGGGGAGGGGAAAAACAAUCACCCCGGGAGAGGACGGCGUUGGGGAUGAGAUCCACAUUGGAUUCCUCGCGGGAUACGUGCAUUCGAAGGUGAUCCUGGGAGCUCUCCUGCUCGCCAUCGAAACCAUCAACAACGACAGCUCGCUGCUUCCGGGCAAAGUAAUUAAGCUGACCCCGGUCGAUAUCGGGGCCCAAAAGUCGCUGAAGGCUUUACCCAUUCGGAUGAUGACAAAGAUGAGGGAUGAAGGGAUUUUUGCGUUUAUUGGUCCGGACGAAACUUGCACGACCGAGGCGUUGGUGGCCUCUGCCUGGGAACUGCCGAUGAUUUCGUAUAAAUGUGCAGAUUCAGCGGUGUCGGACAAGAGUAUUUACAGCAGCUUCGCCAGGACGCUGCCACCGGCCACGAAGGUGUCCAAAAGUGUGGUCUCUCUACUGCUAGCCUACAAUUGGCACUGCUUUUCCGUAGUGGCCGGAAAACAUCCCGCGUGGAGCAUGGAAAUCGCACAAGCAAUCAAGCUGCAAGCCGAAAGCAACAACCUAACGGUGAACCAUUUUCGAGAGUAUUCGGACUACAUUCCGUCGAAAAUCUACAAGUUGCAAAAUAUCGUCGACGAGACGUACCAAACGACCAGAAUAUAUGUCUUCGUUGGCGAUUACAUCGAAAUGGUGGACUUUGUCCGUUGCAUGCAGAAUAGAAAGCUGCUAAGCAGUGGCGAUUACAUGGUGAUAUCCAUCGAUGACGAAGGGUACGACCCGAACACGACGAGAAACAUUUAUCAAGAAUACUCCGACUUUUACCAAAAGUACAUCGGAAACUCAAAGGCAUCCAACAAAAAACGGCUCAGCUUCAAGGACGUCCAGGAGCGGUUGGAGGUGGCGUUUCAGUCGGUUCUGAGAAUUUUGCCACUGUUUCCGCUGAAUCCGCAGUAUCAAGUUUUAUGUCAUCAAAUAAAACGAUACGCGCAGCGGGAGCCGUUCCGGGUGCCCUUGCCCACCAACGAACGAAUUUUCCGACAGAUUAAGGUGCCGAUCUACGCCGCUCACCUGUACGAUGCAGUGCUCAUCUACGCGCGGGCCGCUACCGAGGUCCUGCGAGAGGGCGGGAAUGUACGCAACGUUACACAGAUAAUGAGACACAUCUUCAACCGGUCGUACCAUUCGAUCCAGGGAUUCGAUGUUUACAUCGACGAGAACGGGGACGCCGAGGGAAAUUUCUCCGUCAUCGCGUUGCAAAAGGACGAAAAGGUUAACAACUCGCUGAACAAGUCGAUGCAACCGGUAGGGAUGUUCACGUACGGCACCGCCUCGAACGGAACCCAGCUGCCCGAGUUCAAGUAUCUGGGAGCUUCGCGCGCCAUCAUGUGGGUUAAGGGACGGCCCCCGUUGGCGGAACCACCGUGCGGAUUCUACGGUGAAAAGUGCCGUCCCCGGACCCGGGACUGGCGCUUUAUGUCCGGAAUUGGCGUGGCGACGCUUUUUGUCAUCAUUUUCGCUGCCAUUCUAUUCAAACAUUACCGGUACGAGCAGACACUGGCUUGCCUUCUGUGGAAGGUGGACAUGAAGGAUGUGACCAUCAUCAGCUCACCGGAUCUGGCGUACUGCAACGAUUCGCAGAAAAAGGUGGUCUGUGGACAGAACAUCAUUCCGGCGGUCGGUGAUGGAGCGAAACGUGCCUUCACGAAUAUCGGCCUGUACCGCGGUAACAUCGUGGCCAUCAAGUACUUACACAAGCGUUCCGUAGACAUAACCCGCGCGAUCCGCAAGGAGCUGAAGCAGAUGCGCGAGCUUCGCCACGAGAAUCUGAUCCCGUUCGUAGGAGCAUCCGUAGACCACGGAGCGGUCGCCAUUUUGAGCAACUACUGCGCCCGGGGCAGUCUGGUGGACGUACUGUCCAACAAGGACCUCACGUUGGACCACAUGUUCGUUUCCUCCUUGGUCAGCGACAUCGUAAAGGGGUUGAUCUACCUGCACGACAGUGACAUCGGGUCCCAUGGCAGCUUGCGGCCGAGUAAGGUCUUGAUCGAUUCCCGCUGGGUGGCGCAGAUCGCGGACUUUGGCCUGCACGAGUUCAAGUCUUCGCAGGAGGAACCGGCCAAGUUUGAGCGGGAGCUGCGGCGCAGUCUGUGGAAGGCGCCGGAGAUUUUGCGGAAUCCGAAUACGCCCUCGAAGGGUACCCAGAAGGGGGACGUUUACUCGUUUGGACUGAUCUUGUACGAGAUAAUUGGGAGGAAGGGACCAUGGGGAGGGAUUGGGAUGAGUAGACAAGAGAUCAUCGCGCGGGUGAUCUCACCGCAGAACUACGGAAUUUUUCGACCCCCGCUUUGCGGUUUGGAUGCCCCGGACUACGUGAUUCAAUGUCUGCAAGCUUGCUGGGCAGAGGAUCCAGAGGAUCGUCCAGACAUAAGGCUUGUGCGGGUGAAGCUGAAACCGAUGCAAGCGGGAUUAAAGUCCAACAUCUUCGACAACAUGCUGGCGAUCAUGGAGAAGUACGCCUACAAUCUGGAAGGAAUCGUUCAGGAACGUACCAACCAACUGACGGAGGAGAAGAAGAAGACAGAGAAUCUUUUGCUUCGGAUGUUACCGAGAAGCGUCGCUGAAUCGUUGAUGCGCGGAGAACGUGUUGAAGCGGAGUGUUUCAGCAGUGUGACGAUCUUCUUCAGCGACUUGGUUGGAUUCACGGAACUUUGCGCUCAAAGCACUCCGUUUGAGGUGGUCGAGAUGUUGAACGAUCUGUACACGUGCUGUGACUUUAUCAUCUCCAGCUACGACGUGUACAAGGUCGAAACGAUCGGAGAUGCGUACAUGGUGGUGUCCGGACUCCCCAUCCGAAACGGAGAUCGUCACGCUGGAGAAAUUGCGUCGCUAGCCUUGCAUCUGCUAAAGUCUCUGUCGAAUUUGGAGGUGCGUCAUCGUCCCGGGGAAUUUAUACAGAUUCGUAUAGGAAUCCAUUCCGGACAGUGUGUGGCAGGUGUCGUGGGACUCAAGAUGCCCAGAUAUUGCCUGUUUGGGGACACGGUCAACACGGCUUCACGGAUGGAGAGCACUGGCGAAGCGCUGAAGAUACACAUCUCGUCGGUUACGUACAACUUGCUGAAGAAGAUCGGUGGCUACCGCUUUGAAGAGCGUGGCGUCAUCAAAGUUAAGGGCAAAGGAGAUAUGCGAACCUACUGGUUGAUAGGAGAAGAUGAUCAGAAGAAGAUGGACCGAUUUGGAUCGAACGACGCUCUGACCAAUAUGUCAAUCUCCAUCAUCCCAGACCUGAUUCGCACCCCAAACAACUCCCAAACCGAUCUGGCCAGUUCGAUCCGACAGCUCAUCCAAAACAACACCGCAUUCACCAACUUCCAGCACAGUUACAGCAACCAGGAACUCCCAGCCGACCUGAACGAACCUUCGAUCCUGGGGUGCUACAUUUGCCACAAGCGCAAGGCGUACCAUCGUCCACCGUUCGUCCAGGCCAUUUCGCAUGAUUAUUCCGACAGCAGAGGGGACCUGGUGCUGGCCAGAACCGGCGGAAGCAGCGGCGCCGGGGAUGAUACUGUUUGUACUUGCCGGCGACAAAAUUGCCUCUUUGAGUACUACAACGAUAGCCUGAUGACCGUGAGGACGAUUCGAGAACCGAGGUCGGCGCCGCAAAUUACGUUUAUGCAGUGAAGUUUAGAAAUAUGUACUUGAAAAGUGAUUUUUUAAAUGAAGCGGUUUCAAUUCAACGACAAAUACCUAUAUCAUGAAUGUUUUGCUGUGUUCCAUAUACUUGUGAUGUGCCAUUUAUACACAUACAUUUUACGAAAUAAAAGUCAAUUGAAAAGCGCAGUGCUGCUGCGUAUGUACCAAUAAAUAACUCCU